AUGCUGGAAGGUGCUUCCCUGCUCGCCCAGGUCGGGUGCCCCGACUCCCUUGCCGCUCCCGAGCAGCUGCUGCUGCUGCUCGGGUUAUGUUGGCCGCCCCUCCUUCUCUUCCUCUCGGAGAACAGACAGCGGCACAAGUAUAGAUGCUCGAAAGGUCCGCGCGGACUGCUUCGGUCGGCGCUGGCUGGGCUCCCGUCCCCGCACGCCUGGCGGAGCCUCCAGCGCCGCUCUUGCAGCGCUCGGAGUGCUGGGGAAGAGGUGUGGGGAGGGGUCCGGCGCCGACCCGUCAUUACGCAAGGACUUGCAAAUGCUAGUAUGUGUGACAUUUGUUUGCUGUCGUAUCCCUCGCCAUCCUACAUGUGA